GCCGGGGGGGGCGCGCUGCGCAAGGCGCAUGCGCGAGGCUGCCAGCGGGCUGACGGGAGCCGGCGGCGGGACAAUUGAGUGCCCGGGCGGCCGCCGCGCUGAGGUACGGCCGGGAGAGCAGUAUAACUAAAUAUGAGACGAUCAGCUGCUCCAAGUCAAGUGCUAGGAAAUGUAGCCAAAAAGCCAAGGUUUAUACCACCAGGAAAAAGUAUCACAGUUUGUCUCAAGAAUGAAACUAAGGACGUGGACCAAGCAAUGAAAUUAAAGAAGACAGAUGAGAAAGAGGGAAGUGCUUCAUUGCUUUCUAAAAUAUGUGGCCAAAAUCAAAAUGCAGAUUUUACAGAGUCUGUGGAGUCAACUGGGGAAGUAAAGACUACAAAAGCACAUUUCAACCUAAAUAAGAGCAGCAAGAUGGAAAUGAAAGCACUAAACAUGCCCAAAGCUGAUGCAAUGUAUUUGCCAACAUCAGGGACAGCAAAGGAAGCAGCAGCUCAGGAAGAACCUGACUGCCUUGCGAAAUAUUUCAGUGUUUUGUGGUGUAAGGCAUCAAAGAAAAAGCACAAGAAGUGGGAAGGCGAUGCUGUUCUUAUUACAAAAGGAAAGUCAGUAAUAUUAAAAGAUAUGGAAGGCAAAGACAUUGGAAGAGGUACUGGAUAUAAGUCUCAAGAGCUAGACAGUCUUGAUGAAGGCCAAACACUGAUGAUUGGAGGAAAAGAAAUUGAAGUGAUGGGUGUAAUUUCAGCAGAUGAUUUCAAUAGUGGCAGGUGUUUUCAGGCUGGAAUAGGGACUCAUGACACAGUCACAACUGCUUUAUCUCAAACUAAUAUGAAACCAUUCUGUAAACCAUUUAGAAGUGUCUGUCAAUCCAAUACUAAAGAGAACGUCCUCAAAGAUCCUCAAAGCUACAAACCUCGCCAUGAUCCAAAUGCUUCAAAUUCUCUGGUUAUGCCAAGACCAAAUGCAAGCCAUCAGUGGACAUUCAAUAAGGCUGGUUUACCUAUGGUGGAUGUAGUUGUGGAUCCUUACAUUGCAAAUAACCUCCGACCACAUCAGAGAGAAGGAAUUAUAUUUCUCUACGAAUGUGUAAUGGGAAUGAGAGUGAGUGGCAGAUUUGGAGCUAUUCUUGCUGAUGAAAUGGGCUUAGGAAAAACCUUGCAGUGCAUCGCACUGGUCUGGACUCUCCUGCGUCAGGGGGUCUAUGGAUGCAAACCUGUGCUAAAGCGAGCGCUGAUUGUCACCCCCGGGAGUCUGGUAAAAAACUGGAAAAAAGAAUUUCAGAAGUGGUUGGGAAGCGAAAGGAUCAAAGUCUUUACAGUCGAUCAGGACCACAAAGUAGAAGAAUUCAGCAGUUCUCCACUUUAUUCAGUUUUGAUAAUCAGUUACGAGAUGCUACUGCGAUCUUUGGAUCAAAUUCAGGCUAUAGAAUUUAACCUCCUAAUCUGUGAUGAAGGACAUCGUUUGAAAAACAGUUCUAUUAAGACAACUACAGCCCUCACUAGUCUGUCUUGUGAGAGGAGAAUUAUCCUUACAGGUACUCCAAUCCAAAAUGACUUGCAAGAAUUUUAUGCAUUAAUAGAGUUUGUGAAUCCAGGAAUACUUGGUUCUUUAUCCACGUAUAGAAAGAUAUAUGAGGAACCGAUUGUCAGGUCUAGAGAACCUUCAGCAACAAAGGAGGAAAAGGAAUUAGGAGAAAAAAGAGCAGCAGAACUCACACGCCUCACUGGGCUCUUUAUUCUUAGGAGAACACAGGAGGUUAUAAACAAAUUCCUGCCCCCCAAAAAGGAGACCAUAAUCUUCUGCCGACCAGCAGCACUGCAGCUUGAAUUGUAUCGAAAACUGCUCAGUUCUCGAGUUAUUAGGUCCUGUCUACAAGGCAGGCUAGAAAACAGUCCUCACCUAAUAUGUAUAGGAGCAUUGAAAAAACUGUGCAAUCAUCCAUGUCUUCUGUUUAAAGCUAUAAAGGAAAAGAGCUGUGGUCCUGUGUUCGAUGACCAUGAUGAGUCCAGUCUCUAUGAAGGUCUAAUAGAUGUCUUUCCACAAGAUUACACUUUGGACACUUUCUCUGAAACCGAUUCGGGAAAACUGCAGGUGCUGGUGAAGUUGUUAGCAGCAAUCCGUGAGCUCAACUCUUCCGAGAGAGUCGUACUGGUAUCCAAUUACACUCAGACGUUGAACAUAUUACAAGAGACAUGCAAACAUUAUGGAUACUCUUAUACUAGACUUGAUGGACACACUCCUGUCUCCCAGCGGCAACAGAUUGUUGAUACGUUUAAUAGUAAAUUCAGCCCAGCUUUUAUCUUUUUGCUGAGUUCGAAGGCGGGCGGAGUAGGACUGAAUCUGGUCGGAGCAUCUCAUUUGAUCCUGUAUGAUAUCGACUGGAAUCCAGCUACGGAUCUUCAGGCAAUGGCCAGAGUGUGGAGAGAUGGUCAGAAGCACACUGUACAUAUCUACAGACUGCUAACCACAGGCUCAAUAGAAGAAAAGAUUUAUCAAAGACAGAUCAGCAAACAAGACCUUUCUGGGGCAGUUGUAGACCUUUCCAAGACAUCUGAACACAUCCAUUUUUCCAUAGAGGAGCUCAGAGAUCUCUUUACUCUUCAUGAAGAUUCCAGCUGUGUUACCCAUGAUUUGCUUGAGUGUGACUGUAUGGGAAAAAAAGACCAUCAAAAUCCUUCUUCAGAAAAGCCUUCUGUAUCUAGAAGUUGCCAGCUUGGCCAAAACCAUGGGAAGCCUGAUUCAAAGAAACCACUCUCCAUGUCACAGCUGAUGCAAUGGAAACAUUUCUCUGGGCAACAUCAUGCUCUAGCUGAUCCUUUCCUUGAAAGGAUAAAAGAGAAUGCUUCUUUUGUUUUCCAGAAUGUAACCAGCCCAGCUUCCUCCACCUAAUAAACUGAAGUGUCUUUCCCUACUGCUUGCAUCCUCCUCCCCAUAGGUAGGGAAACAGCUGUACUGAUGGGCAGUUACAUUUAGUUCUUUUUGCCAAGUUCUGUUCUGGAUAUUUCUGACAGGGUUUCUGGGUAAAUGUGAUUCCCGUUGUUUACACAAAGUUACAGCUUUUACUAAGUUAAUUAUACUUACGAUAACUAUAAUACAGAUUUUUAAAACUAACUUUGCUUUCCAGUCUUCUCUUCUUUUGAUAUCAUAAUUAGUAAGAUUGUUUUUAUGCACAUUCCUGUGUAUGUCAACUUUGGUUUAUAGUUUUCAUUUCAUCAUAAUGUCUCAUUGCUUGUAAAGCUGGCAACUCUUGAGCCAAAUUUUAUCGCAUUAGUCAACACUAUAUAAAUGUAUAUGUUGUUAAUAAGACUGGUUGGAUUUUUGUUUUGAUAAUGAAAAGUUAUGUAUCUGUGUAACUGCGGUUUUAUAACAAGGUAGGUGUUUGUUCCCUUGAGUCUACGAUUUAAUGAAACUCAGAACGAUAGCCACCGAGGUCCUAAAUUCUGAGAUCACAGCUUGACACUAUGUCAAAAUAUUCGUAAAUUCACCUGUGGCUUUUACUUGGGAAAAUAAACUUUAUUUCUCAGAUGUACAGAGUACAGGCUUACCUACAUUUAGCUAACUCCUUUUAAAGACAGUUUUUGCCAAACACCGGAGUACUGGGCGUAUUUUUAUGGUAUAUUUUUUAUGGGUGUAUUUUCCUUAUUCUUUGAAGGUGCAGAAGUUAGAAAUCAGUUUAUAGCUUUUAAGUGAAGUACUUUGGGAGGCCCAGAAGAACAGAAGAUUGGAUGAUUUUCAGAAAUACUGCAAACUGACAGAAUUUGAAAGACUUCGAGCGAGAAUAGGGCUCCAUUGUGGUAAUCCUGCCUUGUGCCACAUGAUGUACAACCUGGGGAUAUUUCAUACAUGUUGUGAUAGCACUGGCUAAAAGCCCAACUGAUAUUCAUAAAAUAGUUAAA